CACACAAACAACACAAUACACACAACCAUUACAACCAAUCUUGACAGAAACAUGAACGAACAAACACCUAAAACGUUCAAACUCACCACCGCGCACUCGACGCUACCAUUAGAAGCCAUUGGCAACGGCUUUUGUGGCUCUGUGUGGUCUGCGCCGACCUCAACUCUCGCCAUAAAGCGGGAGGAUGGCGGCCCAGGUCGGUCUAUCACAAAUGAGUACACGAUGCAUCGCCACAUCAUCCAAAGCCUGGACAUGGACAACACCAGUAGACUCCGCCUCAACGUACCUCAUUGCGAAGGCUUUCUUAACCACAAUGCGACUGCCUGGGAUCAGAUGCUCCCCAGGUUUCCCACCGGAUAUACGGGCUGCAACCCACUCAUCAGCGAGAAGAUCCCUCCACUAUCUCGAGAUGUUCGCAAGCUGUUGGCCCAAAAGUUUCACCCAGACAUGGAUCCAGAUGAAAUUGCCGAUAGCUCGACAAAUAGUCAUUGCCUUGUCCGACCGUGCCUAGGACGCAGGAAGCUUCGAAGUACAGAUAAAAACCAAGACAGGCCUAGAAUGAGAUUCUUCAGUUUGAGGAACUUCCCGCUUCACGUCAACCAGAUGGAGACUCCCAAAAUGGAACUUCACGGAUACGCUGUGGCCAUGGCAGAGGCACUAGCAUUUCUGCACUGGUCCGCCAAAGUUGACGCGAACGAUGUCGAAUUUGUUCUUGCAGCCCCAAGGAGACCACAAACCUUUCUCGGCGAAGAGCCGUUCAAGUCAAACUUGGGCCCUGCAGACUUCCACUCAGAUACAUUCGGAUCCCAUGCCAUAUGGAUCUUAGAUUUCGACUGUUGCAGAAUGAUGACUAUGGACACCAACGGGAUAAAGCAGGCGUGUAGGAGCUUUGGGCCACAUUCCGAAUUCAGUUUCUCAAGUCUAGUGACUCAAUUUUGGAGGGUCAAGGGGAAGAUAUGCGGCGACUGCCGCUACAGUUGAUUGAGUCUAUCGAGGAGACAAAGGGGAGGUUCACCAAGGGAACGGACUUUUGGUAGGAUGGCCAUCGAGACGGCACAUUAAUCAUCAAUUAAAAAGCAAGCAUCGUUGUCCUUUGGUUCCACAUUCCCAUUCCCCAAGUCAGUUGUGUGAGAUACACCUCUCAUGUCACCUGUGUUUCUCGCGAACCACGCGAUAAUGAGAUCCCUACCUAGAUGCACCUCGACGAGUUGGCUUUCCC